UAUGUAUAUAAAUCUCAGAUCAAAGAAAAAGGGGGAAAUGGCAACUAUGGAGGGGGCAAACUCUGGCCAAGCAUACCCCGAACGAUUCUACGCGGCGGCUUCUUUCGCCGGCUUCGAUGGAUCUCUCGAUUCCAACAACAAAGACAUCGGCUCCGGGUUCUCCAACGAUGUGGCUUUGAUCCUCUACGCCUUAUACCAGCAGGCUACUGUGGGUCCUUGCAAUGUUCCAAAGCCUAGUUCAUGGAGUCCCCUCGAACAAAGCAAAUGGAAAAGCUGGCAGCAGCUAGGAAACAUGGUUCCAACAGAAGCCAUGCGUCUCUUUGUGAAAAUAUUGGAGGAAGAAGAACCAGGAUGGUAUUCAAGGGCAUCUAACUCUGUUUCGGAGCCUGUUAUAGAUGUACAAAUGAAUCAUAAUUCGAAUGUUGAGCCUAUCAUCGAGAACAGAAAUUCUUUUUCUGAGACCAAGACUAUUUCUGCUGAAAAUGGAAGUCUGGUGGAAACUCGGGACAAAGAUGUUGUAUCAGAAGGCCUUGGUUCGAUUGUUGUCUAUGAUAAAUGGAUUUUACCUCCAAUAAGUGGUCAACGUCCCAAAGCUCGCUAUCAGCAUGGAGCUGCAGUUGUUCAGGAUAAGAUGUAUAUAUAUGGUGGAAACCACAAUGGACGUUAUCUAGGUGACCUUCAUGUUCUGGAUUUGAGAAAUUGGACUUGGUCAAAGAUUGAUGCUAUGAUUGAACCUAAGUCGGUGGAAUUAUCGUAUCCAGUAAAUAUAGCCCCAUGUGCUGGUCAUUCAUUGAUACCUUGGGAGAACAAGCUUCUUUCAAUUGCUGGCCAUACUAAAGACCCUUCUGAAACUAUCCAGCUGAAGGCAUUUGAUCUGCAAACUGGUACAUGGUCAAUGUUGAAUACUUACGGAAAUGCACCGGUCUCUCGCGGAGGUCAAUCUGUGACUCUUGUUGGAAAUACCUUAGUGAUAUUUGGUGGGCAGGACGCAAAGCGAACACUCCUGAAUGAUCUACAUAUACUUAACCUAGAAACAAUGACCUGGGAUAAAAUUGAUGCCGUGGGGGUUCCUCCAUUACCACGAGCUGAUCAUGCUGCAGCUGUACAUGCAGAGCGUUACCUUCUUAUUUUUGGUGGGAGUUCACAUGCUACUUGCUUCAGUGACUUGCAUGUCUUUGAUUUGCAAGCUAUGGAAUGGUCAAGACCCACUCAACAAGGUGAGAUACCAACUCCUAGGGCUGGUCAUGCAGGUGUGACUGUUGGGGAGAACUGGUUUAUUGUUGGCGGUGGAGACAAUAGAAGUGGGGCAUCGGAGACUGUUGUCCUCAACAUGUCAACCCUUGCUUGGUCAGUUGUGGCAUCAGUUGAAGAAUGUGUUCCUCUUGCUAGUGAGGGCUUGAGUCUGGUUGUGGGCUCCUUCAAUGGUGAAGACAUACUUGUAUCUUUUGGAGGAUAUAAUGGGUAUUACAACAAUGAGGUUAAUGUUCUCAAGCCAAGUCACAAGUCAACCUUGCAAUCAAAGAUGAUGGUGACUCCUGUUCCUGAUAGUGUUUCUGCAAUCCCUAAUGCAACAAAUCCUACCAGAGAUUUGGAGUCUGAGUUUGAAGUUGGCCACGAAGGAAAGAUACGAGAAAUUGUUAUGGAUAAUGUUGACGUGGGGCAUCAGAAAAUUGAAGGCGACGAGACUACAGAGAGCAUAAUAGCAACACUCAAGGCAGAGAAGAAAGAACUAGAAGCGUUACUCAGUAAGGAGAAGUUACAGUCUCUCCAGUUAAAGCAAGAACUUGCCGAAUCCAAAACGCAAAACACAGAUUUGCACAAGGAGCUCCAAUCUAUACGUGGUCAACUUGCUGCUGAGCAGUCGAGAUGUUUCAAAUUAGAGGUUGAUAUCGCAGAACAUCGGCAGAAACUACUGUCGAUGGAAACACUCAGAAAGGAACUUGAUCUCCUACAACGGCAAAAAGCCGCAUCGGAACAAGCUGCCUUGAACGCAAAGCGGAGACAAGGCUCCGGUGGUGUAUGGGGUUGGAUUGCAGGUAACCCUCCAGAAAAUGCUGACAAUAUCUAAAUUCAUGGUAAGCUUAAUUAAAUAGUGAUUUUCUAGGUUUAUUUCCAGUGAAUUGAAAUUUUGAGUCAAAUAUAUAUAAUUUCUUUUACAUACUUAACCCGCUGGCUCGUUCAAUGACGAGAAUAAAAUUAUCUAAA